UUUGUUUAACCAUCCAAGAUGGCGUUGCUUGUUGGGAUGCGUGCAUGUUUCUCUGUCCUUAAGCUUUCUCCACCCCGCUUGCUUCAGACCUCAAUCAAAGUGUGUGCUGUGCCCUUCAAUCAGCGCACCUUUGCUGCUGAGGCUAAGAAGACAUACACCAGGGAAAAACCUCACAUGAACAUUGGAACAAUUGGCCACGUUGAUCAUGGCAAGACCACCCUAACUGCAGCCAUUACAAAAGUCCUUGCUGAUACAGGUGGUGCCAGCUACAAAAAGUAUGAAGAAAUUGACAACGCCCCCGAGGAAAAGGCCAGAGGAAUUACCAUCAAUAUCUCUCAAGUGGAGUACACCACAGCCAACAGACAUUACGCCCACACGGACUGCCCCGGCCACGCUGACUACAUCAAGAACAUGAUCACCGGCACGUCUCAGAUGGACUGCUGCAUCCUGGUGGUGGCGGGCACCGAAGGCCAGAUGCCUCAGACACGAGAGCACCUCCUGCUGGCCAAGCAGAUCGGCGUCGAGCACGUAGUGGUUUACAUCAACAAGGCCGACGUGGUGGACGAUAAGGAGAUGCUGGAGCUGGUGGAGCUCGAGAUCCGCGAGCUGCUCACAGAAUUUGGUUACGAUGGCGAGAACGUACCCGUUGUGGCAGGCUCCGCCCUCUGCGCCUUAGAGGACAGAAAUCCUGAACUGGGUCGGAACUCAGUGCUGAAACUGCUGGAGAUCUUGGAUUCUAAUGUUCCUCUUCCCAAAAGAGAGUUGGAUAAACCUUUCCUUAUGCCCAUUGAAGGGAUUUAUUCAAUUCCAGGCAGAGGCACGGUGGUGUCGGGCACUCUGGAGAGAGGCGUCAUAAAGAAAGGGGACSAGUGUGAGUUUKUGGGUYACARUUGCAACAUCAAGUCUGUGAUUACAGGUUUAUAUUCUGAGUAAGGAGGAAGGAGGCAGACACAGACCGUUGCUUUCCAACUUCAUGUCCGUCAUGUUUUCUCUCACCUGGAACAUGGCCUGCAAGAUCACUGUACCUGAAGGCAAAGACAUGGUGAUGCCUGGUGAAGACACCGAGCUGAUACUAACGCUCCGAAAGCCGAUGGUUCUGGAGAAAGGCCAGAGGUUCAAUCUGAGAGACGCAGACCAAACCGUGGGUACCGGCGUGGUUACAGAAAUCCUCACUGUGUCAGAGGAUGAGGAAAUCAACUUUGGCGGAAAGUAAAUUUGAGCUUGGGGAGAAAGGGGAUUACACAGUCUGGCUGCAGGUUUUAUCUGCUGCGAUGAAAAUAUUCCUGUCAUAUACAGAAAACACAUGCAGAAAUGAAAACUAAAACAGGAAAGACCUUAAAGACAUGAAGGGUYUGUUCAGUUCCACUCAACUAAAAUACCUGUGUUGUUCAGUAUGGGCUUUGURCAGGUAGAAAUAAUGUCAUUUAUACUGUAUAAUAAAAAUGUAGUUAAUAAUCAAAGUG